ACUCCAAUGGUAAGAAGACUGAGAGAGUUGCAGUUUCUUAUUGUUGUGUAGUUUUUCAUUUACAAUGCAAAAGAGUAACAAGCACAAAUGUUUCAGCCUGUACCCUGCUCAGUGUGCAGGGUUGGUUUAACAGACUUUUUAAUCAGUGAGAGUUUGCAGUGUGAUUAUCAGAAAGUGGCAUGUAAAUGUGUGGUCAGUUGUUUUAACAAAGGUUUCAUUACGUUUGCUGCAGGUGUAUCUUCAGACCAGUUAGUAGAUUACUAAAGAGGAGGACACAGCAGUGCACUUUUGCAUGUUAAAGUGACAGCUUCACCCUCCUGUCAUCCUCCCUUCACAACAUGAAAUCAUAAACUUGUGUCCUUUUUGUCUUAACUGUCAUGCUGUAUAUUUACAUUGUGGGUGUGUACAGUACAGACACACAACAGCAGUUCAGUCAUUGGACUGGAGUCAGUGCCAGGGACGGCACCACUAGUUCACUGUGUCACUGUGAAUUAGCUGUGCUGAGAUCACCUUCAGUGUUCUGUGCUUAGUGCACUGUUAGGAGGAAUGCAUAUUCCCAUCCUGAUGUAUCAUGUCUGUCCUGAUCAUAAACAAACUAAAACAUUCACAGUGAUGUUAUAUGUAGACAGGUCUUACCUUAACAUAUGAUAUGAAAAGUGGAAUUUAUUAUCUGUUUCAAUAGUUUAGUGAUUAUGGGAUGUUUAAUGUACAACAAACAUAAGUAAACAUAAGUACAAAUGUGCUGAACUAAGCCAAAAUGGCCAAUUUACUCUUGUAGUCCCUGACCAGAUGUCAUUAAUGGCUAUCUUGCAAUACACAAGUACAAUCAGCCAGUCAACAUGUCACACAAAACACUGAGCAAGAGACACAAAACAACCACAAAGAGACACAAAAUGACUACAAAGAAACUUCAAAUCACCACAAACAGAACCCAGACAACCACAAAGGAGCGCUUAACGACCACAGAGACACAAAAUUACUACAGAGGAGAAAAAUGAACUCAAACACACCUCAGAGAAACACUGUGAUGCUGACUAUGAUGCUGACCUGCUCUGUUCAAAAUGACAUUAUUCCUCCACUGAAUAUCAUUUAUUGUUCAACUCAACAAGAAAAGGUUUCAUUGUCCAACAUACUGUGUUGCACAUGGGGUUGGUUUGAACAUACUUUAUGUCCACAGUCCACCACAUUUGAAAUGAGGUCAAAGAUGUCUUCAUGCAGUUAACAUGAUUUGAAUACAAUGAUUUGAAUAAGGGCAGUUUUGUCCACUUAUCAUUAUUGCACAGUCCAUCGCUGGUGUGUGGUGCAGCAAUGAGCAAGUCUGCAGGCUGCUGCCAGAAAUGUGUGGAGUACUUGUUUUAUUAUGAAACACCAAAAACACUGGUUAUUCCAAAUAUAGGGGUAGGAUGUGUGUUCAGGUUCACCCAGCUGCUGGUGGUGCUGUAUGUGGUGGGGUAUGUGUGUGUGGUGCAGAAGGCAUACCAGGAAACAGACACUGUCAUCAGCAGUGUCACCACAAAAGUGAAAGGUUUUGCUUUCACCAACACCUCUGACAUGGACCCCCGAUUUUGGGAUGUGGCUGACUAUGUUAUCCCUCCUCAGGGUGACCGCUCCUUCUUUGUGUUAACGAAUAUGGUUGUUACCCCAAAACAAAGUCAGUCACGUUGUCCCGAGUUUCCAAGUCAGUCAACGACUUGCGUGGAUGAUUGUGACUGUAUCGAGGGACACAGUGAUCCUCGAGGCAGUGGUAUACAAACAGGACUGUGUGUCAACUAUUCCUCAACUGUCCAGACCUGUGAAGUGCUCUCAUGGUGCCCUCUUGAAAUAGACACUAUGCUGCCUGAACAUGCACUGCUGGCUACAGCAGAGAACUUCACUGUGUUGAUCAAAAACAGUGUAACAUACCCAAAGUUUAAUUUUCACGGAAGAAACAUACUACCACAUAUUAACUCCUCAUACCUGAAGAGGUGUGAAUUUAAUCGUGCAACAGACCCUGACUGCCCCAUAUUCCGCCUCAAACACAUUGUCUCAGAGGCUGGAGAGGACUUUCAAGACAUGGCUGUGAAGGGUGGCAUCCUUGGUAUUAUUAUUGACUGGAGCUGUGACCUCGACUGGUGGGCUGGGAAGUGUUAUCCCAAGUAUAGCUUCCGCAGACUGGACAACAAAAACCCUGUCAAUAAUGUGGCCCCUGGAUACAACUUCAGGUUCGCCAAAUAUUACAAAACCGCAGAUGGAGAGGAGACCAGGACUUUAAUCAAAGCAUAUGGGAUCCGGUUUGACGUCAUUGUAUUUGGAACAGCUGGAAAAUUUGGAAUUGUACCAACUAUAGUGAACUUGGGUGCAGCAUUGUCAUUCCUCAGUUUGGUUCCUGUAGUUACUGACUGGUUCAUGUUGACAUGCAUGAGGAAAAGAGAUCUUUACAACAAACAGAAAGUCUCAUCUCUGAGUGAGGAUUCUGAAUCAAUGUCAAUGGGCACCACCUACGGAACUCAGUAACAUGGUUACAUCAAAACGGGAGAGUGACCCGAAUCUGCUCCAAAAAACAGUCUCCAACGUCAUUUAAAUUCUUCAAUAAAACGGGUUAAAUGUGUAAAUGUAAAGAAUUGGUGUAAGAAAUGUUCUGAUUUUACCUUUUAGCCCU